UGUGGUUUUCUCUUCUAGUGCUUUAUGCAGUGCAGUUCUGCUGGUUCAGUGAGAACUUGAACAUGUGAUAUGUGCCUAAGCUUCGUUAAACUAUAUAUGUCAUCAUGGACAUCAGGUUGCAUUUCACUUGUUCAGAGGAGUGCUUGCAACUACUAAAGCUCAUCGCAUUUUGGUGGCAGGUCCUUGUCUUCGGUAAGUCAUUGCAAUCAUUAAGUGUGCUCAAUCUAAGGGGGAAUAAUCUAACACAAAGAUGAUGCAGAGAGUCUUAAAAAUGCCUUGGCUCAUAUGCCUACCUUAAAAAUUCUGGAUGUAAGCGACAAUCCUCUUCAGGACGAUGGAAUCAAACUUUUCAGGAGUUUAAUCCCCUACUUUGUUGAGAUGUCUGAAAGGGACUCUCACUUUGCUGAUUUGAAAGUGGAAAAUUGCGAGCCUUCAUGUAAUGGAGUGAGUCAACUUGUAGGUGUUCUUUCAACUUUAAAGAGGCCACUGGAUUCUUUAUCUAUUGGAGAAAAUGGCCUUGGCAGCAAAGUUGGAGCACCUUUGGGAAAAUUUUUGGGCAUAGGUAUUCAAGCACUGGAAAUUGAAGAUAUUGGGCUUGGUUCAUCUGGCUUUCUGGAACUACAGAAAGAAAUAAGAGAAGAUUUGAAGCUUGUCUACAUCAACAUGAGGUUCUACUGAUGCCUAGACUUAUUCAGAACUUGUGUUGUAGCUUAUUUCUG